GACACACUUGCACAAGUGCAGUAGCAUUUAAACCAUGAGCGGGAUAGUUUGUUUGCUACUCCUGGUGCACCUAGUUUUCAAUGCUCGGGAAGUCGCUGGGUUAAAUUACUGCUCCCAACAAAUAUCCACAGUGCAAUUCGAAUGCCUGGAUGAAUCUGUUGUUCUGUGUGGCAUUGAUAAAAACAUACAAAUGGUACAAAAGGAAAAUCGAUGUCGAAAAUGUUCAACUUGCCUGAAUGCCUUAAACAUGUGCAAAAUACAGAAGUUGGCCUCACUGACCUCUUGUCCAGACGCACAGCAAAUCCGGCAAAGCCUCAUUACCGAGCAGAAGAUUUUGCGUUAAACUACUGACAAACAAUAAUUUGACUGCCAUUGAUGAAUGAUGUCUUCGUUAAAUUUUUACUUUAGCAACUAAUAAACUUUUGAAAGGUGCUG